GGAAGUGCUUUGACCCCUAUAUUCACUUACCACCUACACAUUUUAACUCUAGCAAACACCCACAAUUUUAACAAUGGCAUCUGAAAGCAAAGAUCAGGCUCGUAUGGCUGCGGGCUUGAAGGCUAGCAUCCACAACCCCAACGUUUCUGAAGAGGCUAAGCAGCGUGCGGCUGAACGUCUCGAGAGCAUGGGCACUGGCGAAACUCUCGGCCAGCAUACCGUGUCCCCGCCCUCGAGUGAACACGAGCAGAGCAGGGUUCUUGGUGGCUACAAAGCAACUUUGGCAAGUGAACGCGCAUCUGAGACGGCUAAGUCCCACGCUCGUGAAGUCCUCGAAGCCUCCGGCUAUACUGUCGAGCGAGCUCACGGUGUCUCUGAAGACGAGCACGAGAAGCGUGUCAUCGCUGGAUACAAAGCUGCUCUGCACAACCCCAGAGUCUCUGAAGGCGCGAAGCAACACGCCCAGGAGUUCCUCAAGCAACACGGUGUUAUGUAGUUUGCUCACUUUCGACCGCGCACACAAAAGAAUGUAUGAUAGCAGAAGGAAUUUGGCCGUAGUAUAACAUCUAUGUAACAUUAGGGCUCGGAAUCGGCUUGUUUCUUG